CCAAAAAAACAAAAUGCACCAGUACCGUAUAUGUGGUACCUUGCUCAAUAGUAGUACCUGUGAGAGGGAUCUUGGAGUCCUAGUGGAUAACCAUUUAGAUAUGAGCCAGCAGUGUGCAGCAGCUGCUAAAAAAGCCAACACAGUUCUGGGCUGCAUAAACAGAGGGAUAAAAUCAAGAUCACGUGAAGUGUUAGUGCCACUUUAUAAUGCCUUGGUAAGGCCACACUUGGAAUGUUGCAUCCAGUUUUGGUCUCCAUGAUGUAAAAAAGAUGUUGAGACUCUAGAAAGAGUGCAGAGAAGAGCAACAAAGAUGAUUAGAGGACUGGAGGCUAAAACAUAUGAAGAAUGGUUGCAGGAACUCGGUAUGUCUAGUUUAAUGAAAAGAAGGACUAGUGGAGACAUGAUAGCUGUGUUCCAAUAUCUCAGGGUUGCCACAAAGAAGAGGGAGUCGGGCUGUUCUCCAAAGCACCUGAGGGUAGAACAAGAAGCAAUGGGUGGAAACUGAUCAAAGAAAGAAGCAACUUAGAACUAAGGAGAAAUUUACUGACAGUUAGAACAAUUAAUAAGUGGAACGACUUGCCUGCAGAAGUUGUGAAUGCUCCAACACUGGAAAUUUUUAAGAAAAUGUUGGAUAACCAUCUGACUGAGAUGGUGUAGGGUUCCUGCCUAGGCAGGGGGUUGGACUAGAAGGCCUCCAAGGUCCCUUCCAACUCUGUUGUUAUGUUAUGUUAUGUUAGGAGGAAAUUUCACGUUUAGGUGCCAGUUAAGGCCCAUGAAUCUCCAUAUAGUUAAUCAUUUAGUUUGUUUUAAGUAUUUAUAUGUCCAUCCACCAUCUCUGGGUAGUGUAAAGAAGUCAUCAAAUUCAAAGAAAGCAAAACAUACUGCUAAAAACCAGCUAAGAUAAGAAAAUGGUGAUCAGAUCAAUGUACCAUAAUGUAUCUUACUUCAUAUCUCUCUCCCUCUCCCCCCUUUCUCUAUGUUGCCCCUUUUUUAUGCUUUCUCUGAGUCUCUUCUCCAUUUCUUGAAGUUUAUUGUUUCAAUGGCUGGCUCAACUUAUUAGGAAAAAAGAAUCCAGUGAUGAGAUGAUAUCUAAUUAUCCUGCUUUGUAAUAUGGAAGAGUUGAAGGGGUAUCUCCCAGGAAGCAGAAAUAAUUCAGUGCUUUAGAAUUAUGAAAACAAUCAAACAUGAACUAUUUCAUGUUUGUGCAUUCCUCUGCAGCAUUGUUGGUUCCAAUUGAUCUGGUGCUUGUAUGCCACCAUACAAAGUAUAACAAAUAUUCAAAACCAAGUAUGACUCCAACUGUACUAAAAUUAAAAUAAUUAAAAUAUAUAUAAUUAUUGUAAUAAGUACAGUACCAAGUAUAAUAAAUAGCCGAUACCAUUUGACCACAUGCUGGUUUCUUUUUCCUCCAAUCUCUCAACAGGUAUCGACAACAUGCAUUUAUAUAUAUAUGACAUUUUCACUUAUUCUUGUUCACCAGUCCAAGAUUUUAUCGUCUUCCUCUUGACUUACCUUAACCUUAAGAAAACAAAAAAACUAGGAAAUUCAACAUCGAAACAUUUUCUGUUUUUUUUUGUGAAGAUCUUGUGUUCCAAUUAUUAACCACACCUUCUAAGGCACAAUUAUAGAAAUAAGUCUCCCAUUGUGUCUGGUGGUGCCUUAAUGUGUAUCGGGUUGCAGAUUCAGUAAUGUUGAAAUGCAGGGAAAAUGUUUGAGGUGUUUCAGGAGGAAGAACUGUAGAAAAAUGCUGAGGAACCAGAUGAGUCAGAACAAAUGAAACAAAAAGAGAGACUGUUGCUUAUACAGUAUCUUACAUACAGUAUGUAGACAGUCCUGUAUAAAUAUGAUUUCCAGCAGUGGGUUUCACAUCAUGUUACUACCGGUUUGCGCAUGCGCCUGCCUUUCGCACAUAUGCCCAGCCUUCCGUGCAUGCGCUUUGCUUGCGUGCCUGCCUUCUGUGCAUGUCCCCUGCCUCAAAAACAUACCUAAAUAGGCUGGCGUAGAGUUGGGGUGGGUGGGCAAGCCCACCCGUGAUUUCCGCUCCCGUUUCACCACCUCUGAUGAUUUCCCAUGGGGGAAUAAAUUACAUACUGGCAUAUGAGUGGUCCCAAGUCAUUUUUGGACAGUGGGAACAUCUGGACUGUUGAGAACAUGCCAAGGGUGCUUGUCAGAUGAAAACUAGCAAUGGGAUGAUUUGCUCACAUACGACUGCUCUGAUUGGUGUAAAAUUCAGCUCUUAAAUAUUAACAGAAAAGAACCAGUUAGUGUAGUGGUUAAGGAACCAGGCUAGAAACCAGGAGAUGGUGAAUUCCAGUCUCACCUUAGACACAAGGCCAGCUGGGUGAUUUUGGGCCAGUCCCUCUGUCUCAGCCCUAGGAGGCAAUGCCAAAUCACUUCCCAUAAUCUUGCCAUAAAAACUGAAGGGCACAUCCAGACACUUGCCAGGAUUUGAAGAGAAACAGAGACAAAAGGGAGAGAUAGACUCCAUAAAUGAGCUAUGCAGCCUCUCCAUGAAUUUGUUGAUCGUCACACUAUUCUGAGAAAGAAAGAAAGAAAAACUUCAUUCUUUUCCAGGCUGAUGGAUAAUUUUACAUCUCUCUGCUGCAACUCCUUAAUCAUUUUGGUUACUAUAUUCUUCCCUUUUUCCAGCAUUUGAGAUACCCUGAGCAGAACUACCUAUUGAAUUCAAAACAUAGUUACACCAUUUUGUUAAAUAAGGACAUUGUGAUUUGCCUAAUGUCAAUGGGAAGAUGUCAUACAUGAUAUGAAUAAAUUAAUCAGUGAGAAGAGAAUAUGCUUUGUUUCCUGCCCCAUUAAAGAUAAGCAUAGAUUCACGCUCUGGGGAUCAAAGUAUAAUUUGUGUUAACUUUAGCAAUCAAUCAGAACUGCAUAUACUAGCAAUUAUCAUCAUUAAUAAAGCUAUGAACUGCCCAAAUGCAGACAGAGGAAAAGGGAGUUGCCAGAAGAGGGAAAGAAACUGCAGAGAGAAAGAGAGAGAAUAUUAAAUUUUAACCAUUCUUUCAAUAUAGACUUUAGAAAAUCAACAAAGUGAGUCAGCAACCGUCACUAUUUCACUUGGUUUCUUUGCAAAUGGCUGCUCUAAAGUUUGUCCUUUUUUGUUUGGUAUCAAUCUUCAAUCAAAAGACCUGUGUUUCUGCUUCCCAGAGUGAUCAGGUUUUGUGGGCUUAUCCAAAAUCUGACAGAGAAGCGGACAUUCUGCGGAAUCUGACCACUGCUUUUGAGAUUGUGCUUUGGCAACCUGCUUCCCCUGAAAACAUUGUAAGGAAUAAGGUGGUACAUUUUUACGUCAAUGUUUCUGAUGUAGAUCAUGUGAAAGCGGAGCUUAACCGAUCUGCCAUUUUAUUCAGAGUUUCUCUGGAAGAUGUUCAGAAAAUUAUUGACCUACAAACUGUCAAUGACACUGUUACCCCUCGCGGUUCUAUUUCAUUCUAUGAGCAAUAUCAUUCUCUAAAAGUGAUAUAUACAUGGAUGGAUGAAGUAGCUGCAAGACAUCCUGAUAUCAUCCAAAAGAUACAUAUUGGAUAUUCUUUUGAUAAACGUCCGCUUUAUGUUUUGAAGCUUUCAAAUAGAAGCAGAACUCCCAAAAACGCCAUCUGGAUCGACUGUGGAAUCCAUGCAAGGGAAUGGGUUUCGCCAGCUUGUUGUCUCUGGUUUACAGGACAUGUUACACAAUUUCUAAGCAGGGAUGCAACAAUGGCAAGACUCCUACAGAACCUUGAUUUCUAUGUCAUGCCAAUAAUGAACGUGGAUGGUUAUGAGUAUACAUGGACAACUAAUCGAAUGUGGAGAAAAAGCCGCUCCAAGCAUGGCAACAACAAGUGCACUGGGACAGACAUGAAUCGCAAUUUUGAUGCAGGCUGGUGUGGAAAAGGUGGAUCCAGAGAUGACUGUGACGAGACUUACUGUGGACCUUACCCCGAGUCUGAACCAGAAGUAAAAGCUGUGGUUGAUUUUCUCAGAAAGCGCAAGGAUCGUAUUAAAGCAUAUCUAACAAUGCACUCUUACUCCCAGAUGGUUCUGUUUCCAUAUUCAUAUACUAGAAAUCAAUCUAAAGAUCAUGAUGAGCUGCAACUGGUGGCAAACCAAGUGACUGGUGCUAUUCGAAACACAUACCACAACCGCUAUGUGGCAGGCCCUGGUGCGCAGACAAUCUAUUUAGCUCCAGGCGGUUCAGAUGACUGGGCUUACGACCAAGGUAUUAAGUAUUCUUUUACUUUUGAGCUUCGGGACACAGGAAGAUACGGAUUCUUACUUCCACAGCAUCUCAUUAAGCCGACCUGCUACGAAGCGAUUACCGGAAUCAAAACUAUAGCUUCACAUGUGAUUAAAAAUAUGUAAAACAUGCAUUACACCGAGUCCACUUAAUUCACGUUGUUUUGCUAUUUUAAUUUUAAAUAAGACUUAUUUUCCAUGUUAUUUUCCUAUGAUUAAAAGUAUGGGUAAUGAGGCUGUUCAAAUGGGAUUCUGAAGAAUGGCUUUCCAGCUCAUAUGAACACAGCAUUGUGCAACUGCUGUUGAAAGCAGCUGCAACUUUUUUUCCAUAGGAACCUGAAGAAAGGUGCUACUGCUUUAAAAGAUCAAUUGGAACUCUUAAGGUAGCUGCAUGGGUGUGGGGAAUUACUAAAAUGGAAGCCUUUAAAAAAAUUGUGGCUGCUUUAAUGAGUAGCAAAGCAGGGCUAUCCUUAUGCAAGGUUCAAAACUUUUCUUUUAGAUCAUUUAUGACAGCUCUGUUGGAAAUAAUUGAUUUCCAUAUAUUGUCUGCAAGUACAUUCAAAGCAGUGGUGAAAUCCAAAUUUUUUUACUACCGGUUCUGUGAGCGUGGCUUGGUGGGCAUGGCAGGGGAAGGAUACUGCAAAAUCUUCAUUCCCAUCCCACUCCAGAGGAAGGAUACUGCAAAAUCCCCAUUCCCUCCCCACUCCUGGGAAGGAUAUUGCAAAAUCUCCAUUCUCACCCCACGCUGGGGCCAACCAGAGAUGGUAUUUGCCAGUUCUCUGAACUGCUCAAAAUUUCUGCUACCGGUUCUCCAGAACCUUCAGAACCUGCUGGAUUUCACCCCGAUUCAAAGACAAAUGGACAGAUUUUAGGCCUUUUUCUAGAAAGAAAGAACUCAGCCUUUCGGCCUUAUGUUAUUAACAGUGCACUAUGUGAAAAUGUCAUAGAACCUGCAAGCAGAGGAUCAACCAUGCAUGAAAAUGAGGCUUUAUAGCUGUACUGAAUAUAAAAUAUUUUUCUUAAUAAUUUGAUAACCGUUUGGUGCUGAGACUAUCAAUGCUUCAGCCAGCAACAUUAAGCAAUUUUAAUAAGAACCAAUAAACAAAACCAUCUUGGUAUCUUAUAAUUAUCUUAAUAGUACAAAUAGAUCACGCCUGUAACUGGAUCUUUUGUCCAUUACAGACAAUGAGAAUAUUUACAUCAUUCUUCUUCUUUAUGAUAUAAGACUCCUAUCUUGUUAAAGAACAGGCUAAAUUACACCACCUAUGUGCAAGAGAUAAUUAUAAUCUGCAGAUGGUAGAACAACUCUCUUCCCCAAAUUACCCAACGGCACAGAACACUGAUAAACUGAAAGAAAAGGACCAAUAAUGGAGUGGGAUAUUUAGAGAAAGAAAACAAAGGAAGAGGCAGAAAUAAAACAACCUUGAAUGGUUCUGAAGCUCUGGUCACAGUCUGAAGACCAUCUGUGGAUGGUCUUGGGUGAAGCCAAACUGAAAUGCAAACUGAAGAAACAUCUCACCCAAAACUAAACUUGCCAAUCGGUCUCUGUUUUUUUUUUGGCAAGGUAGGUGUCUCUUACUGGCUGAUCAUAGAAAAAAAGCAUCCUUGGUUGGAGAGACAAUUGCAGUCAGCAAAACAAGCAGCUAAAUAACAAAGUCACUAUGUUCAAACAAACAAAAAGAAUAUAUAUAUAUAUAUACACCACUAUUUGCAUCUGCACUUUUAGAUAAUGACCUAAUACAUUUCAAGGACAUUUGGUGAGGAUGUCUAGAUAAAUGGAACCUUUUUCCAAAGCAUAUUAACCACAACUAAAUCAAACAUCAAGAGUCAGUGUCAGAAGUAGCCCCAUCUGAGACCUGACCUGGAGGAAGAACUGGUAAAAAUAAUCCCACUUUUUCCUCUACCAUCUGAGGAAUUCCACUGAGCAUGAGUCUGGAUUUAUCUCAUCUUCAUAAUUAAAAAAAUAAUUGACUUCAUGUAGAUAACAUGCAU